AUGUGGCUUAUGGGUGUUGCCGUAGUGCUGUGCGCAACGCAUUUGGCCUGUGCUGAGUGGCGUUGCCCGGAGCUGAGUGCUCGGCCCGCUGCGGAGUGCUCGUGCGAUCUGCCGCACACACUUCGCUGUGCCGGAGACCACACUGCUUUACAGAUCAUUGGUCGUCAUCUCCGUGAGCAGAAGGCUAGAAACAAAAACACUGCCGUUUCAUUAUUGGAUUGUGCACUGCGUGGCGUAUCAGCUUUACCGGCCGCCUCUAUUUCCGAACUGGCCGGCGUCGGCCUACAAGGACUGGUUAUAUCCUCGGGAGACAUCAGGAGAGUGCAGCAAGGAGCCUUCAGUUCGAUAUCAGCCACCUUGUUAGCGUUAGGAUUGCCAAACAAUCAGUUGCCAUCAGUGCCGACAGAAGCUUUAAAUCACCUUAUGCAUUUGGAUCGUUUGGACUUGUCUAGUAACAAAAUUCACAUGCUAGACGCGAGUUCCUUUAAGGGCAUAAAAAAUCUAACUUACUUAGAUAUAAGCGACAAUCAGCUGACUGAUAUAUCACCGGACGCAUUCAAACCUUUAUCGAAAUUAAGUGUUUUAAGGCUCAGAGGAAAUCUAUUGAAAGUUUCUGCUCUUUCUUCCUUAAAGGACGCUCAUUAUUUACGAGAGUUGGAUAUUUCGAGCAACGCUCUCGAGGGCCCGCUGGGGCCCACGACGGUGCCACCGCUUAGUUUCCUGAAUAUACUCCACCUUUCCGACAAUACGUUCGCCAGCAUACGUCGCGGUGCAUUGUCGGGUCUAAAUAAUCUGACUCACUUGAAUUUACAUAACAAUCAAGUUGACGUAUUGGAGGACUACGCUUUCAGACAUCUCACCAACUUGACGCAUUUGGAUUUGUCACAUAAUGAAAUAGUGGCUGUUUCUGGCGCCUCUUUAGCACAGCUAAUAAACCUGGUCCAUUUGGAUCUAUCGCAUAACUUCCUGAGAUCACUAUCAGCAGAACCUCUAAAGACUCUCAGAUGUCUUACCGAUUUACUUCUUCACGAUAACGACAUCGCUAUGAUUGACGAUGGAGCAUUAUCUCAGCACAAAGACUUGAGUCGAUUCACGAUCGAAGACAAUCCGCUCAAUUGCGACUGUCUAAUGGCCGGCUUCGCGAGGUGGUUGCGGGAGGCAAAAAACCUGUCCCAGUCUGACAAAUCCGCCGCAGUCUGCGCCACACCGCCCCAUUUGGAAGGGGCGCUGCUCUCCCGUCUGUCUAAAAACAAACUCUGUGACGACUUCGAGCACAUCGAGACCAAAGAGGAAAUUAAUUACGAUUACAACAAGAUUUUCGAAAGCGAUAUCGACAUGGCACGUGACAAGCUUAGCGUUGUCGACAAUCCGGUGGUCGAUGGUGAUGUAUAUAUCGAUAGGGCCGAAGGUUUAGAUGACGACAUAUACGAUGAAGAGUUAGAAGUUCCCGGAGAAGAGGACUUGCCGAUAUCUAAGACGAAAGUGGAUCUUGUGGAUGCGUGGUACGACAAAGAGGAAGUUCACCUCUCCUGGUCUCUCGAUCCCCCCUCUUCGCGGCGAUUCCGUUGUACUGGGGUGACAGCUUCUAGAGGUGGAAUGUUGCCCAAGCAUGUGGCCUGCCACAGAGCUCCGCCAGCGAAUAUCGUUCUACGCGGAUUCAAGAUCGAUCCCGCUGAACGAUACACGUUUUGUAUCGCGUUGGAGGAAAUGGAUAACAACGAUGUACCUAUGGCUUUGGUGCUGGGUUGUGGGACACCGCAACUAGUGAGGCAAAGGGCCGAGUAUAUAACAGUGGCUACCGUUUCCGUCACAACUUCACCGCCGAGACCAUCGUUCAGAGUAUCAGAGGUUCGUUCCAAUGUCACAACAGACGGAGUUCUCACUGUUCUGAUAUCAGUGAUGGGCCUCCCACCGCAGCGUUCGCCUUACGUUUUGCCGCGUUCCCAGCGACUGUCCACACCUGACAACAGGUAUCUCGCUAUGAACUGCUACGUGGUAUUGGCAGUUUUGGCCAAGGGUUCUUUAGUAGCGCAGAAGGACACUCCCUGCCAAACGACCUUGGAGAUAUCCAUGGAGGGGUUCGUACGGGGGCCCUACGAGGUGUGCGCUAAAAUCUCCAAGUACAAAAGCAACGAAAUGCGACCAAUCUGCGUUGUCCCCCAACUGCAGGAGCCAGUUGGUUCGAUGGAAAUGAAAUCAGGCAUGAAAGGCUUGAAUGUGGCGCUAGUGGGCGUGGCUCUGGGCUUGAUGGUCGUAGUGAUCGGCCUCGUAUGGUUUGUUAGGAGGAUGUUGAAGAAACCAGCUGACUUUGAGCCGCACCGAUGCUUCAGGCCGGAGCCAGUGGCGGAAGAGAACGUUAGGGCUAGCUACGUGAUGUUGACGGCGACAUCUAAAGUU